AACCCGACGCGACGAACAAUGUGUAUUUACCGCUAGUGUUGGAUACGCCUCUACGCGAAAAGGUGGCAUCAUGCAAAGCGCGCUGCGAAAACUCAAAUUGCAUCCAUUUCUCUUCUUCGCGAUUGCGGCGGCAAUCCUUCGCGGUUCAACGGCCCUCAAGUUCGAUAUGUCGCAGGAUGACGAUGAGUAUUACCUUGCCAACGCCACGCUGAUCCUGAUAGAGUCGCCAAACAGCGUUUACUUUGACAUCGGAAGCGAAUUACCGAUGCCGGUCAUUCAUUAUAAACUAAUCGAUGAUCCUGACUACACCGACGAUCUAUUCACGUUCGGCUAUAUCCGCAAUUCAUCGAAUACCGAUACCAUAGACGUAUUGCGAGCAGCCUCCUCCUACAGUAACUCGUUAAAUUACAUAAUGAGCAGACCCACUUCCUCCUACGAUUCUGACCUAUUAUAUGUUGCUCUCCAAUACUUACUUCCCAAUACGUUUUUUCACGAAGAUGCAGCUGUUUUUCCUCAGGGUGGAACGUACUUGAUAUCCAAGGGUUUCAUCAAUUUAUUGACGGUGGAUGAGGCCGUUCCGUGCGACCAGCCCUGGUAUUUUCACGCGUAUGUAACGAGAGACGGCGCGAACAACGAUUAUGACGUCCUUCUCAGGGCAAUAUAUCAAAUGGACAUGAAUCCGGUGUAUUACUGCUCAUCGAAAGGUUAAUCAUUUCUUCAUGUAUCGAAUAAUUAUAAUAUAAAAGUUUUACUCCUUGUUUUUA